CAAGAUAUGUAAUAAUAAAUAUAAAAUAAUAAUAUCAGUUAGUAAUAAAUACUUAUGUAUUUAACAAAGAAUGUAUUAAAAGAAGUUUUAAACACACAUAGAGAGAAAGCAAUAUGUACUUGUAAACUUGCGCUCACAAAUGAUACGUCGUGAAACGAUGGAUACUUACUGCGACACUAGCUUGUACUACUGCUUAUAUAUGAAAUGUAUCUCUACAUAUUACGCUUACUCAUGAUUUGCGUCGCAUGUGGCUGCUUUCCAGCACUUUAAAUAGCUCACAUAACUGUAAAGGCCAUCGCACACAAAAUGCAUAGAACAGAAGCAUAACAUAGCAUAAGCAUAAGAAAGAUAUGUAACCUACACGAACAUACAUAGAUGUAUGUUUUGACUAUAAGUGGCAUUUUGGAACGUAUGUUUUGACCAAUAAGUGGCAUUUCAGAACAUAUUCCAAACCUAAAUAUGAUUACGUGUCAAAUUAGGAUGGAGACGUAAAAAACGUGCAAACUAGUACAUAAAAUGGACACAUAUGAUUAUAUUUACACGACAUUAAUAUCAAGUUAUAUCGUGUUGCGAAAGCGCAAACAAAAUAAAAAAAAACGAUUUUGGGUACGACCUAUCUAUGUACGUAGACCAUUAUUUGUUGACUUCCAAUAUCUUUUCAAGAAUUAAAAGAAGAUGGUGAAAUGUUUUUUAAAUACACAAGAAUGAAUCUUGUUACUUUUAAUAAAUUGUUGGAUAUGUUACGGCCUCAUCUGGAAAAAAGAAAUUGGAGAGCACUACCAGUAGAACAACGGCUUAUUAUUAUGCUCAGAUUUCUUGCAACAGGAGAUCAAAUAUCUUCAAUUGCAUUUGCACAUCGAAUAGGUGAAUCAACUAUAUACAAAAUUAUUAAAGAGACAUGUGCAGUGACAGUACGAGUUUUAGGCCCCAAAUAUUUAAGGCUACCUAUAAAGGAAGACUGGAAAAAAAUCGCUGCUGGAUUUUGGAAGCAUUGGAAUUUUCCUAAUUGUUUAGGAGCGAUUGACGGGAAACAUUUUGUUAUCAAAACACCUCCAAAUUCUGAGAGCGAACACAACAUGGCUCAAGAAGAGGUACACAUAAGACAAAGAAGAAGGAGGGCUUUAGUAGAAUCUGGAACACAUAGAUGUCGCCAUAGAACGUCUUGAAUAUACAUUUCUUAACAGAAAGUUAAUUUUUAAUUAUCGAUUAUCAAGAGCUAGACGUAUUAUUGAAAAUACGUUCGGCAUUCUGGUUUCAAGGUGGAGAAUUUUUCAACGUAGUAUAUGUUUAAACUCAGAGUUGUUGUUGAGUAUAGUUGUUCUUAGUUGAGUAUAGUUGUUCUUAGUAUAAUUGAUAUGUAAUUGAGGAUGUCAUGGUAUUCAGACUAUAAGAGGUAGUUGUUAUUCGCACUGUGCCUUGUGCUGUCUUUCAUCUAGACAGCACACAAGAAAGAGGACCAAAUACAUUUCAGUCCUGCACGUGCUCUCUCUAUAAAGUCUGUUCUAAAGUCUACACUUUCCGCGGUGUCGCAACUUUCUGCGAAACAGCACAAGUAAUAGACAUUCGCAAUCUCUAAUUUAAAUUUUUCGCAAUGAUCUUUUCGCAUUGAUGAUGAUGGACGACUAUUUACAAUGCGUGACGAAAGCUAAUAUAUACAGCGGUGGAAUGAUUUAUGAGAUGUUCCGGGCUAUUUGUGUUGUCAUGCAACAGAAUAAAUUAUAGUGAUGAUCAUUGAUGGGAUAAUGAAUUGCAUUGAACACAAGUUUCGACACUUAAC